AUGGCUCUUGGAACAACAACUACAACAACAAGAGUGGCCGUGUUGGGUGGUAUUCUGCUUUUCUUCGCAUUGGUUUUGAAUGUGUCUGGUAACUUGGUGUUCUCCGUCAACCAUAAGUUCAAGGGUCGUGACAAGCAGGUGUCUUUGAGUGCAUUGAAAGAACAUGAUGCUCGCCGUCAUGGUAGGCUUCUAGCCGCAGAUGCUGCUGUGGAUUUGCAAUUGGGUGGCAGUGGUCAUCCUUCUGAAGCUGGGCUCUACUUCGCUAAAAUCGGGAUUGGAUCUCCUCCAAAGGACUUUCACGUGCAAGUUGAUACAGGAAGUGACCUUUUAUGGGUGAAUUGUGCAGAAUGCGAAAACUGUCCCGCUAAAAGUAAUCUUGGUUUUAAACUCUCAGUAUAUGAUGCAAAGAGCUCUUCAACUUCAAAUAAGGUUACUUGUGAUCAAGAGUUUUGCACUUCCACAUUGAAUGGUCUACUUCCUAGUUGCAAGCCAAAUAUGCUCUGCAAUUAUAACAUCGCCUACGGAGAUGGAAGCGCAACUUCUGGAUACUAUGUGAAGGACAACAUACAACUUGAUAAAGUAACUGGAAACCAUCAAACCACAUCAACAAAUGGGACUGUAGUUUUUGGGUGUGGAGCUAAACAAUCUGGGAAUCUUGGUAAGUCUCCUGCAGCAGUUGAUGGGAUACUUGGUUUUGGCCAGGCAAAUGCAUCCAUCAUUUCACAACUAGCUUCAUCUGGAAAGGUGAAAAGACAAUUUUCACAUUGCUUGGAUAACGUAAAAGGUGGAGGAAUCUACGCCAUUGGGGAAGUGGUGGAACCAAAAGUGAAAAAUACAACUCCCUUGCUGCCAAAUAUGCCACAUUACACUGUUUCAAUGAAGACAAUUGAGGUGGGUGGUGAUGCUAUAGAACUUACCACAGAUAUAUUUGGCCUUUUUGGAGACCGGAAGUCGGCAGUAAUUGACAGUGGAACAACAUUGGCUUAUCUUACACCGGAGGUUUUUGAACCUUUUAUCAAAAAGAUAUUUGCUCGGCAGUCUGGAUUGAAGUUACAUACUGUUGAGGAGCAGUUUACAUGUUUUGAGUAUACCGGAAAGGUUGAUGAUGGAUUUCCAAUUGUAAAGUUCGGUUUUAAGAGUUCUGCUUCUUUGACUGUAUAUCCUCAUGACUAUCUGUUCCGACUACGUGACAAUGUCUGGUGUUCUGGUUGGCAGAGCAACUCGAUGAAAUCUAAAGAUGGAAAGUCCGUGACUCUUCUGGGAGACUUGGUACUUUCAAAUAAGCUGGUCCUAUAUGAUCUUGAAAACCAGGCCAUUGGGUGGACUGAUUACAACUGCACUUCAAGCAUUAAACUGAAGGAUGACAAGUCAGGGCAGCCGCAUAAUGGGAACACUAUUGACAUUCCUGUUAUUAGUAAUUGCCAUGCUGCAAAUAUUGAAUUAAUUCAACGAGUGCUACUUUUAACAUCCAUUAGCUCUGGUGCACCCUAA